AUGUUCCGACAUCGCCCGCUCCUCCUAUUCUUUUUGGGGGCCCAGUUGUGGCAUCUUCUAUGUCACGGAGCCCCUACUACGGUGUCGUACGUCUACCGGGGCGAUACAAGAUCGCCCGGCGAGAUCAAACGACUUGGAGGGUUUCUCGCGAAGGGCCAAACCAGGUUCGGACUUCAAACUGCGGACACCAGCCUCUUCAAUCACAUGAAAGGUACCCAUAACAUAAAGAGCCGGGACGAAGACGGAUUCGUCUCCACCAGUACCAGCGAAACCGUCGCAGCAACGUUUGUUUACGGGAAGCCUUCGGCCUUCGUUUACAAGAUUCACGUUACCCCAAACAUGAUUGAUACUGUUGGCACCCUUGGUAAAUACAGUGACUUCGAUGAGGAACUCGAGUUCGCGGCCUUGGGAGGCAUCAAGUACGAACAGAUAGUCUCCUGGAGACAGUUGAAAGGCAGGAAUCUCGGGAAGUCGACCAUGAACAAAGACUUCGACAAACGAAAGUACGGCUCGGCGGCCGCCGGUGGUGUGCAAUAUCAGCUGGCUGGCUUCCCUCCAAACCACAAGGCUUGGCGUGAAGAGCCCUGGAAGAGUCACAAACCUUCGAAGCGCGACAUUGGCAAGAAGUCAGGCUUCAAUUCUGAUUUUCCGAGCAGCUCACGCUCGAGUGCCCCAAUUGAUGCGGGGGCUGUCUGA